CUUUACCGCAAAGUAAUCGGUUAAAGAGGGCAAUUCGAAUUAGGAAAAAGGGUGCGUCCACCUCAACUGUUCCUAUGUGGAGGAUGAAUGUUAGAUCACCAUCAUCUUCGGGAAGGAUUUCAGACUCAUCAUGUUGCCCAAUGUCCGGUUAUGGUUGCAGUGGAACUCAAGCUCCUGUCUCAGCUCGGAAGCUUGCAAAUGCCUUAUGGGAAAUGAGUAGAAACUCUUCAUCACUAGAAUUGGAAAAAUUACAAGGGAAAAUUGCUAAAUGGGAGAAGAGUCGGGAUUACAAUUUGAGGAGACCUAUUGAGGUCAUUUCUCAACCUCAACGGCCAUCUAAUGAAGGUCACUGUCCGGUUUUGUUGAAGUCAGAAAAAGCUUGGUGCAGUAGCCAUAGGAGACGGAUCUUGAAGAAAUCAGGGCUUGAAGGGCUGAGUGACAGAACCUUAGAUUGUUUUAGUUGUGGUAGUUUAAUGGAGGGUGAGUUUCAUUCUCAAAGCUUCAUACCAGGGGAGUCGCUUAUGUCAGCCAAAGGGCAUCUAAAAGAUCUGAGAAAUGCUCUAUUAACAUCAAAAGAACUACUCAAAAUUCUUAGCCGCUUCUGGGAACCAGCUGAGCAGCAUAACUUGCCAUUCACUGUUUUUUCAGCUAUUCGUACUGAAGUAGAGCAGGCCAUUUUUAAUGUCGAUCAACUUUUCCAAGAACAGAGAUCUAUAUGCAGCGAACUUAACUGCUUGAAGGAGAAACUUGUUUUUGAAAUCCAAAUGUUUAAGAACAAGGAACGAGAACGGUUCAGCCUUUCUUUACAAUCCAUCAUGAAGGAACUCCAGUCUGAGAAAAAGCUAAGUAGAAGAGUGAAGAGACUGAAUGAAAAGCUUGCAAUGGAGUUGGCUGAGACGAGGGCUUCUUUACUACAGGCAGGUAAUGAACUUGCAAGUGAGAGGAGAUCAAGAGAGAUAUUAGAACAUGUUUGUGAUGAGCUUGCAAAGGGGAUUGGUGGGGAGAAGGCAGAAGUUGAAGAAAUGAAAAGGGAUUCAACUAACGUCCUAGAAAAUUUAGAGAAGGAAAGGGAGAUGCUUCAGCUUGCAGAUGAGUGGCGUGAGGACUGGGUGCAGAUGAACCUGUCCGAAGCUAAGCAUCAAUUUGAGGAGAAGAAUGCUGCCGUUAAUCAAUUAAGGAACGAGCUUGAAGCAUUCCUAACCAAUGGAAUGGGAAGUGGUGUUGGAAAAGGACGUGAUGCUCCUGCAAGAGAUUCGGAGCAUGAGGAAGAAAGAACAGUUUGUCCAAGCAAACGUGAUGCUCCUGCAAGAGAUUUGGAGCAUGAGGAAGAAAGAACAGUUUGUCCAAGCAAGGUUGAUGAAACAGUAGAGGAUGAAGAAAAAGAAAGUACCGGGGAACUUUCAGAGGAUUGCGAUCUCCACUCAAUAGAGCUCAACAUGGACAGCAAAAGCAGAAGUUUUAAUUGGAGUUAUGCUACUGGUUCCACUGUCUUUGGCAGAAGUUUUGAAGAAAGUAAUGAGGGUGGAAGUGAAAAUAGUGAUAAGGAAUUUAAGAGCAAUGGGGAUGUGAAAGAAGAAAGCUCCAGAAAGAACUCUCUAGUUUUUUCUCGUGAUUGGCGGCAAGGAAGGCUCUCUAAGAGCAAUGCUAGCAUAGAUGAGGAUGCUGAGAGAUACAUUUCUGUGAAGGAGCUAAGAGAUCGCCUAUUAGCUGGUUCGAGGAUUAAUCUGCCUCCAGGCAUGAGAGGUCCAUGCCGGCAAUGGAGCAGAAGCACAAACCAGCAACAGGGGAGGCUGAAAGGUUUCCAUGAUUCAGAGGAACGACUUUGUGAAGGAUUAAAGGUUGCUGAUUUGGUCAAGAAGCUAGAACGAGAUCAGAAAUGAAUUCUGGAAGCUUUAAUAAAAAUGAACACCGAAAAAAAGUAGGGAUUAUUUUGACAGUUUUCUUCUUUAAUGAUACUACCUCCCAACAAUUCAUUCUGGGUAAUUGCAAGCUUCACAAUAUUUGUGCUGUUGUUCUGUCUCAAAGCUGAGGUCAUUAAGCUAUUCUCGUUUCUCUCUGCCUUGUGACGUUUCUCUCUGCCUUGUGAGGUCAUGAUCUUUUGUUUUUUGUUGGACUAGGUAAAAAUAUCUUGUAUAGAACUUUUGUGGUUUUAGCCACUCCACUCAACAUAGUUUUAUUCGAGUUCUGUUUUGAUGUUUGCUUGGUGCAUGGCUAUGAUGGCUAUUUAUGUUUUUGCUGAUAAAAAUGAAUAUUUUGUGUUCCCAAAACAUGUAAAUGUAAGAAGGGAUUAGUUUUGCAAGUAAUCUAGACUUCUUGCAUUAGUUAAAACAUAUUAGCCGUAAGAAAAUUAUUAUCCUACUUGAAGAAAAAAAAACAAUUGUAAUACCAUGACAGCUUUAGAAAUAAAAUGCUUUCCCUAUUGCAUUUUUAGAACCAUCAUUACCAAAAAUUGCAUUCCCUCAAACUUAACUUUAACCAUUAUUAUAAUUUUUGAACUGAGCCAUC